AUGAGGUCUUAUAAUAUAUCCCAUAGCAUUCCUGGCACAACUUUAAUUUCAAGAAAUAUAAUAUUAAAUAAGCGCAUGGACGAUUUGUUUAGAGAUUCGAAUAAUAUAUCUAAAAACAGAAAUUGUACAUACUCCAUCCUGUGUAGAUUCAUUAUUGUAUCGAUAAUUUUUUUUUUAUAUAUUUAUCCUCAAUAUUCAUAUGAGUCACAGGAGAAUGUAACUAUGGGACUACAUUUCAGUGAGUAUCAUUCAAGAAUAUUGAUCCAACAACAAAUUGGUAAUAUAAAAGCAGUAAAUAGACAUAAUAAAAGGAACUUUGAACAAUUAAUGUAUAAAUAUGCGGGUGAAAGUAAAAUUAUUAUUGUUGGGAUGAUCUUUGGCAUGAAAAGUGAAUUAAUGCAUUGUCCUUCAUUAGAAGAAUAUCCUUCAUCAUUAAAACAACCUUUAUGGUUAAUGUGGAGUGAUUAUUUAAAUUUGAGAAUAAGUUAUUUAGAAGUUCAAGAAAGUCAUAAGUUUGAUGAAUUAAAAAGAUCCGAAAAUUCAUAUCAUCUUUUUUUAGAUAUAUAUGGUAGUUUAAUUAGGGAAUGGAUUAAUUUGCGUUUGGAGCUAAGUAAAACGUUUUUUUUUUUUUUGAGGUAUGUGUACGUUUUGCUUAAAUAUGCAUAUAUUUACGAAAAUAAAACUGGAGAUACUAUAAAUAUUAAGAAUCUUUUAUUUGAUGGAACAUUGGGAAUUCCAGGUGCAAAAAUGAUAACUGGUGAUAAAAGUAUAGUAUUAUCUAUAAAAGAUCUAUCGAAUUUAAAAUAUAACGAUAUGGUUAGAUUAAAUGAUAGCAAAAUUGCUGAAGCAUUAAAUGAUCUAAUAGAAUCGAUAAGCAUUAAGGAUAAAUCUCGAAAUUGGACAUUGCUAUUUAGAGAAAAAAAUAAAUAA